AUGGACAAGCAGGAGGAGAGGAAGAAGCCCCACGGGAAUCCAUACCCCAGGAGGGGCGACAUCAAGAAGCAGAUCAUCAGGGACUUGACCGGCGGCGGCAACGGCGACAACGGCAACGGCGGCGGUGGAGGUGGCGGAGGAGGCGGCGGCGGCGGCAACUCCACCGCCACUGGCUACCGCGCCGACUGA